AUGGGGGCGCAGGACCGGCCGCAGUGCCACUUUGACAUCGAGAUCAACCGGGAGCCGGUUGGUCGCAUUAUGUUUCAGCUCUUCUCAGACAUAUGUCCAAAAACAUGCAAAAACUUCCUUUGCCUAUGCUCAGGGGAGAAAGGCCUUGGGAAAACCACUGGGAAGAAGUUAUGUUAUAAAGGUUCCACGUUCCAUCGUGUGGUUAAAAACUUCAUGAUUCAGGGUGGGGACUUCAGUGAAGGUAAUGGAAAAGGUGGAGAAUCAAUUUAUGGUGGCUAUUUUAAAGAUGAAAACUUUAUUCUCAAACAUGACAGAGCGUUCCUUUUGUCAAUGGCAAAUCGAGGGAAACAUACCAAUGGUUCCCAGUUUUUCAUUACCACCAAACCUGCUCCGCACCUGGAUGGGGUGCAUGUUGUCUUUGGACUAGUUAUUUCCGGGUUUGAAGUAAUCGAACAAAUUGAAAAUCUGAAAACUGAUGCUGCAAGCAGACCUUAUGCAGAUGUGCGAGUUAUUGACUGUGGGGUACUUGGCACAAAAUCAACAAAAGAUGUUCUUGAGAAAAAAAGGAAGAAACCAACUCAUUCAGAAGACUCGGAUUCCUCUUCCAAUUCCUCUUCCUCUUCAGAAUCAUCUUCGGAAAGUGAAGUUGAACGUGAGAGAAGCAGAAGAAGGAAGCGUAAGAGGAGGCCAAAAGUUAAACAUUCAAAAAAAAGACGAAAGGAAGCAAGCAGUUCAGAAGAGCCAAGGAAUAAGCAUGUAGUGAGUCCAAAAGGUCAUUCUGAAAGGAGCGAUAACAAUGAAAAAAGGUCAGUCGAUUCAAAUGCUAAAAGGGAAAAGCCUGUGGUCCGCCCAGAGGAGAUACCCCCGGUGCCCGAAAACCGAUUCUUACUGAGAAGAGAUAUGCCUCUGGUCACAGUGGAACCUGAACCGAAGAUUCCUGAUGCUACACCCAUUGUAAGUGAUCAGAAACCAUCGGUGUCAAAGUCUGGACGGAAGAUUAAAGGAAGGGGCACAAUUCGCUAUCACACACCUCCAAGGUCAAGGUCCUGCUCUGAAUCGGAUGACGAUGACAGCAGUGAGACUCCUCCUCACUGGAAAGAGGAGAUGCAGAGACUGAGAGCGUACAGACCUCCUAGUGGGGAAAAGUGGAGUAAAGGAGAUAAGUUAAGUGACCCCCGUUCAAGCCGAUGGGAUGAAAGAAGCUUGUCCCAAAGAUCGAGAUCGUGGUCUUACAAUGGAUAUUAUUCAGAUCUUAGUACAGCAAGACACUCCGAUGGUCACCAUAAAAAACGCAGAAAAGACAAAAAGGUUAAACACAAAAAGAAAGCUAAAAAGCAAAAACAUUGCAGAAGACACAAACAGACUAAGAAGAGAAGAAUUAUUGUACCAUCUGACAUGGAAUCCUUGAAAUCUUCUACCCGGCGAAUGAAGUUCUCUUGUGAUAGAGAAAGGAGAUCUCGUUCUUCCUCACUAUCAUCUCAUCACUCAUCCAAGAGGGACUGGUCUAAAUCUGAUAAGGCUGAACAGAGCUCCUCCAGCCAUUCCAGCAGAGACUCAUAUAGAUCCAAAUCUCACUCCCAGUCUUACUCCAGAGGAAGCUCAAGAUCAAGGACUCCAUCAAAAUCCUCCUCACAUUCUCGAAGUAGAUCAAAGUCCAGAUCUAGUUCCAAGUCAGGGCACCAACGGACAGCAUCAAAAUCCCCCAAAAGAGCAGCCUCUCAGCUAAGUGAAAAUAAGCCAGUGAAAACAGAACCUUUAAGAGCAACAGUGCCACAAAAUGAAACCUUACUAGUACCACAGCCAGUGGUGGCAGAACAUAUUCCUGUAAUCCCACUGAGUGACAGUCCCCCUCCUUCCAGGUGGAAGCCUGGACAGAAGCCCUGGAAGCCCUCUUAUGAGCGAAUUCAGGAAAUGAAAGCAAAAACAACCCAUUUGCUAUCCAUCCAAAGCACUUACAGUUUAACAAAUAUUAAGGAGACUGGUAGUUCAUCAUCUUACAAUAAAAGAGAAAAAAAUUCCGAAAGUGAUCAGAGUGCCUAUUCAAAAUACAGUGAUAGAAGUUCAGAAAGUUCCCCAAGGUCAAGGAGCAGAUCCUCUAGGAGUAGGUCUUAUUCCAGAUCAUACUCAAGGUCGAGAAGUGUCGCUAGUUCACGUUCGAGGUCUAGGUCUCCCUCAUCUAGAUCUCAUUCACGAGAUAAAUACAGUGAUCGCUCACGGUGUAGCAGAUCAUCUUCAUACUCUUCUGUUAGCAGUGAUGCCGGGAGACGAGCAAAGAGAAAACUUAGAUCCAGUGGGAAAAACAGCACUUCCAAUAAAAAGCAGAGCAGCAGCUCUGAAAAGGCACCUAGCAAUAAAUAUACCAAAGGCAGAGACAAGUCUUCGUGCCUGAGAAAGUACAGUGAAAGCAGGUCGUCCUUAGAUGAUUCUUCAGACAGUGAACACUCAGGUGUUCAGGUGACACAGACAGCCCAGGAGAAAGAGAAGCAAGUCCAAAUGGAAACGAAUAACAGACGAGAGAAAAACAGAGAUGAAGAGAAAUCCAAGCCUGAACGGGAAUGCCCGCGUUCCAAAAAAAGAACUUUGAAAGAGAAUCUUUCUGAUCACGUUAGAAAUGCCAGUAAGCCCAAGAGGAAGAAUUAUGCUGGGAGUAAAUGGGACUCUGAAUCGAAUUCCGAACGAGAUGUCACUAAGAACAGUAAAAAGAAUUCCCUGCCCUCUUCUGAUAAGGAGGAAGGUGAGGCCACAUCGGAUUCUGAAUCAGAGUCUGGUGAAAUUCACAUCAAAGCCAAAGCCACAACCAAGUCUUCAAGUUCUUCACUGCCCGAUGGUGAUGGUGCUUGGAAGGCAAGCAAACAGCAGUCAUCAACCUCUGAUUCUGAGGGCUCCUGUUGCAACUCAGAAAACCCUAGAGGGAAGCCAAGGAAGCACAAACACGGGUCAAAGGAAGCUCUGAAAAGGGAACACUCCAAAAAAGGGAAAGAGAAAAUGAAAGGGAAAAAAGACAAGAAGCAUAAGGCCCCCAAACGGAAACAAGCAUUUCACUGGCAGCCUCCACUGGAAUUUGGUGAAGAGGAGGAGGAGGAGAGUAAUGAAAAGCAAGUGACUCAGGAGUCACAGGAGAAAAAACAAGCUUCUGAAAACAGUGAAACUACAAAAGAAAAUAGCCCCCAAACAGAGAAGCCCUGUGAAGACAGCAGCCUUCCAGAUAAACAGAAUGCAAUCACGAUUUCAUCAGAUACUGAGCAGCCGGCUGACGAAGAGAGUAAACUCAGCAUUUCUCCCCCACUUUUAGCUGUUGAGGAAAACGUUGCUAGUUCUCCCCCAGACACCCAGCGCAUUGAAGACAGCGACCCCGGCGGAGUGGAAGACAUGUUUCAUGCAGAUGACAACAUGGAGAUUUGUACUCCUGAUAGGAGUUCCCCAGCAAAGAUGGAGGCAGCAUCCCCUCUAGGAAAUUCGAGGCUUGCCACCCCACAUACGGACAUAGUUGAAAAGCAGGCAGAGCAUCCUGCGGCAGAGGCGAGGAAACAGGAAAGCAGCGUGUCUGAAAGCCCCACGGAGCGGGAGGUGGGGAAACCCGACGGCAGCUCUGCGGGCGCAGCCAGUGCCGUGGAAAGCACGGUGAAGAGGGAGGCGGCCGAAAGGGGUCAGGCCAGCCUCCUGGACAAUAAAUGGAAGCCCCUGCAAGGGGUGGGGAACCUGGCAGCACCGCCGGCUCCAUCCAGUGCUGUGGAAGUGAAGGCAUUGACGGCUGUGCCUGAAGUGAAGCCACAAGGCUUGAGAAUAGAAAUUAAAAGCAAAAAUAAAGUUCGGCCUGGAUCCCUCUUUGAUGAAGUGAGAAAGACAGCACGCUUAAACCGGAGGCCACGGAAUCAGGAGAGUUCAAGUGAUGAGCAGACCCCUAGUCGGGAUGGUGACAGCCAGUCCAGGAGUCCAAGUCGAUCUCGGAGCAAAUCUGAAACCAAAUCGAGACACAGAACCAGGUCCGUCUCCUACAGUCACUCACGAAGUCGAUCUCGAAGUUCCACAUCCUCUUAUCGAUCUAGAAGCUACUCCAGAAGUCGGAGCCGAGGGUGGUACAGCAGAGGCCGCACAAGAAGUCGGAGCAGUUCCUCCCGCAGUUACAAAAGUCAUAGGACGUCCAGCAGGAGCAGGUCCAGGAGCAGCUCAUACGAUCCCCACAGUCGGUCCAGGUCCUACACUUACGACAGCUACUACAGCAGGAGCCGCAGCCGCAGCCGCAGCCAGAGGAGCGACAGUUACCACCGAGGCAGAAGCUACAAAAGGCGGUCCAGGAGCUGUAGGUCUUACGGCUCUGACAGUGAAAGUGACCGAAGUUACUCUCAUCGCCGGAGUCCCAGUGAAAGCAGCAGAUACAGUUGA